UUUGUAAAGUGCCAGGAUCAAAGCCUGCAGAGCGUAGACUAUUGUCGUCGUCGACUUUACCUUCGGGUGUUAGAAUCGCUAACAAGAUUUAUUAAACUGAAGAUGACAAACGCUUGAAAAUAUGACCACUGCCACCGCCGCUGCAGCUGCCGCUGCCGCUACCACCAAAGCUGAAGUGACCAUGACCUCUCCGACUAACUCUCAGAAUCAAGCCCCAAGCUCUCCCUCACAAGAUCCCAAUCACAAUCAACAACAAAACCCCCCACAAUCAAAUGAUCCCGAAUCCCCUAAAACCCUAACGCUAGAAAUUCCGGAAGCAGAACAUCCUAACCCACAAGACGAUGAUCCCAACCAAGAUGACCCAGAAGAUAUCAUCCCUAUUUCUCCAACAAUCUGCGAUCCCCACGUCUCCUCCACCUCUGUUGCGACUAAUUUCACCGCCUUUCGCCGCGGCGGAGGCGGCGGGAAACGUAGUAAGCGAAAUCAUCACCAGGAAAGGAAGUAUCAGAAAAGGCUCAAAAUUCUUGUUGGAACCCUUAACCCCGUACCGUUUGUGCUUGUCAAAGCCCUCGAUUUCCCCUCCCAUGAAGCUCUCCUAAGACGACUUGGACUAUGGGAAUUUGUUCACCUGCAGUUCGAUGUCAACAUCCGCACCGAUCUUAUUAUGCAAUUGAUUCUGACAUUUAACCCCGCCGGUCGCCAUAGCUACGUCAACGGGUGUCGCAUCAAAGUCAGCCGCGCUGAUUUGGCUCGCGCAUUGAAUCUGCCGACGAAAAAGGAUAAGGUGGACACUGUGCAAGAGUUGAAGGAGAGCGAAGAAUCUAUAGGAUUCAUGCAGGAAUUCGUGUCUACUUGGUUGUUGUUGCAUGAAGAUACCUGGAUGAUGACUGACGAUAUUUUGAGUGUGACUAAUGCGAUUAAAGAAGGGCAUUUUGAGAAGGUCGAUUUUGCUAAGUUAAUUUGGCUUAUGCUCGAGAAGGAGUUGGCGGCAGCACCCAAUUUAGGUAAUUGUUAUUAUGCCUCACAUUUGCAAAAACUGAUAGAACAUCAGAAGAGUGACUUGUUUAAGGAAGAGCCUGUUAAAAUGGAGGUCGAUGUGAAGGACGAUGGAGAGGAGGAAGAUGUGAAAAUAAGUCACGAACUUCGUGUAGGAUCAGAGUUGGAAGAGCAUAAUAUUGAAUUAAGUCUUGGUGGACUGGAUAAUUCAGGGAAAGAUGAUGGUGGAAAAGAGGGAAAGGAACAAGUGGGUGAUGAGGAUACUAUGGAUUUUGAGGAAAGUAAGGAGGAUGAAGAACAGGGGCAGUGGCUAAAGAGCAGCGUGGGUGGGCAUUUUCUGCGGCAAUGUAAUCUUGGUGAAGUUGGGGAUGUGGAAUGUGAGGAGAGAAAGCAGAAAGAAGAGGUGGGAGAAGAAGAGGAAAAAGAAGGUGAAGAUGGAGAAGAAGAUAAUGAUGAGGAAGUGGGCUUUAGUAUUUCACCGAAAGGGGAUACUUUGGAUGGUGUAAAUUCUGAGAAUCUAAUUGCAGCCAUGGAGGCAGCACAAAUUCCUUUUAGUUCAGGGUUACAAAUUCGUGAUAAUGUGUCCUCAGGGGACUUUAUUUCAGAGUUACAAAUUCGUGAUAAUGUGUCCUCAGGGGACUUUCUUGCAUCUAGGGUUGAUACACAAACAAUUCCUGGUAGUUCAUCACUUUUCAGUAACGGUAAUGGAAAUAAGAGGGAAAUUGAGCAUCUUGAGAAUGAUAUGCCCCAUCAUGCACUUAAUGGGGGUAAUAAGAGGAUUAGGAGUGAUGGACUUUGGGAUAUGAAAUCAGCAUCCGAUUUUGAAAUUUGUAUGGAGCAAAUGGAACAUUUUAUGGGGAAAGCUAGGAUGUUGUAUGAGACAAAGGAGCAGGCUUACCAAGAUAUGAGUAUGAGUCAACAGUUGUUGCUUAGUGAGUUGCAGAAGCGGGAUAUGGCGAUUCAGCAUUUACACAAGGCCAAGAUGGAGGAGCAACAAAAAAGGCAGUUAGAGGUUUAUAGGCUUGAACGUGAAUUAUAUACGAUGGGAAAUCUUUUAGAAGGAUAUAGAAAGGCUUUGAAGGAGACGCACAAGGCAUUUGCUAAUUAUCGAGCAAAAUGCCCACUGCCUGAAGAACCAAUUUACAAGGAUACUGGGUCUGGGGGACUUGUUUUGAGCACCAUAGAAUUGGAGAAGGAGUGUUUGAAACAAGUGGAAGAAGAAAGGCAAAAACGUUUGCUGAUUGAGAACAAGAUUAAGGAAUUUGAGGUAGGUUGUAUUACUAAAUUUGAAGCAUAUAAAGAUGGGGUGGAGUUACUGGGUAACAAGUUACUGGAGGUUGAAAAGGAAUUCAAUGUCUUGAAGGAAAUAUUUGCAAAACGGAAGGUUUCAGAGAUGCCAGAAUGUCCUCCUGCUGAAGAAUGAGUUUGUUGAAAGUAUAUGGAAAUGAAAGUGAAUGCCAGCUAUUAUAUGUAAGUUUAAUGGCACAACUGUACCUGUGUUGUUGGAAACUAGAAGCUCAAAUUAAUGUUAAUUGCUUACGGUUUUCUUA